UGCUAAGCAACAUGAAAAGCAGUUGCGGCGGUCGAUAGAACCAUUGACACUUUAGCAAACUGCUAAACCGUAGUGUUGCUGUUUACGAGAUUUUAAUUUGCACGCAACGUUUCCAAACUGAAUAACACGCAUGCACUGCACAUUGUUUACAAAAUUAAACAAUUAACCACCACGCUAAAUGUUUUUAAUUAACGUUAACAAAGCCGAGUGAAAACAUUUGAUCGACCUGAAGUUGCUAGCUAAGCUGACGUUACAGCCGUCGUCAGAAUGCAUGGCGGGUUGGAAGUCACCGAAAUAGACAACUUAAUUUGAAGCAAGGUGACAGGUGAUCUAUCUAGCCUACUGCUAGCUACUACUCUUCAGCUGGAGCUGUGGUGCCCAAGCUCAGCAAAAUCUCCUUCCAUUAUCCGCAAAUGUUUGGCAGCAGUGAUAACAUUGCAGCCCUGAAAGACUUUGAUGAAACCCAGGUAGAUGAGGGUGUUGGCCCUGGGGAAACAAGGGUCCUGAGGACAGGGGAGCUGCAGUCCAGCCCGAAGUAUGGCUGUGAUGAUGAUGAUGAUACUACGUCUGGUUCUGCAGGAAUCCCUAGCUCCAGGGACAAUACACUUGACCACGCCCAAACAUCACGCUAUAAUACUAUACUCCAUGAAAUCCAAGAGCUCAGGGAAAACAAAGGCCAGCUUGAAGAAUGCCUAGAAAACUUAAAAUCCUAUCAUCAACGAGACUACACAGUGAUUGUAGAGGCCCUACAAGAGGAGCGAUACAGGAGCGAACGUUUAGAAGAACAGCUCAAUGACUUGACAGAACUGCACCAGAAUGAAAUUUUUAACUUGAAAGAGGAACUAGCCAGCAUGGAGGAGAAGACUGCUUAUCACUCUUACAAAGGAGCAACAGCUAUUCAUGAGGCGCUGAAGACAUGCCAGACACGUCUGUUCAAGAUGGAGCAUCAGCAGCAGGUGGUGCAGCUUGAAGGUUUGGAGAAUGCCACAACAUGGACUCUUCUUGGAAAACUGAUCAAUGUGAUGCUGGCUGUUAUGGCAGUCAUUUUAGUGUUUGUGUCCACAGUGGCUAACUGUGUCAUGCCUUUAAUGAAAACGUACAACCGCAUGCUUUCUACAUUGCUUUUUGUAGUCCUUUUCUUCUUCCUCUGGAGGCACUGGAAUGCCAUUUCAGAAUAUCCUCCUUACUUUUUUUGCACUCAUCUUGAAAGGAGAAAUAAAUCUUCUUGAAGUUUUACUCUGGCAUCUU